CACCAGAGAUAAAAUCAAAAACACUGAAAGCAGCUGAAGCUAAAACUCUCAGUUCCCCGCGCCUUGGAGCUCACAGGAGUUAUCUUACUUCCAUUGUCAGAAACGAAAAGUUGUAAAAUGCAGCGAGUCUCAGUUUGCGUGUGUUCCCUCUUGGUCUGUAUCUUGUUGCUGGGCUGCAGUCGCGCGACACCAGUUGACUGUCAACAGGAACAAGAACGACUGAGAGCUCAGGUGAAAGCUCUGGAAUUACAGAUUAAAAGGCAGCAACUACAGAUUCAGCAGCUCUUAAAUGAAAGGGAAAAUGUGCAUGACACCAGUGCUUCAGAAGAUGGUGCUACUAAUGAUCUCGGAGGAAGAAAUCUCUUUGCAGACUGUGCAGAGAUCUACACCAGUGGGGCUAGAUGGAGUAAGUUUUACAGAAUUCAGCCAUUGUCAUCUCCCACAAGCUUCAAGGUGUACUGUGAUAUGACAGAUGGUGGUGGCUGGACUGUCAUCCAGAGACGGACUGAUGGCAGUGAAAACUUUGACAGAGUCUGGUCUGAUUACAAGGAUGGCUUUGGAAACUUUCAAUCUGCCAAUGGAGAACAUUGGAUUGGAAAUGAUAACUUGAAUCACCUUACAUCACAGGGAGACUACACUUUGAAAAUUGAUCUUACUGACUGGGAUGGUGCAAAACGUUAUGCCCAAUAUAGAAGUUUCAGAGUUCAAAAUGAGCAGAAUUCAUACCAGUUAAGCUUUGGUGAGUAUUCUGGAACUGCAGGAGACUCACUGAGUGGUACAUAUCAUCCAGAAGUUACAUGGUGGGCCAACCACAAUGGCAUGAGGUUCAGCACAAAGGAUAGGGAUAAUGACCGUUAUGAGGGAAACUGUGCAAGGGAAGACAAAGCUGGAUGGUGGUAUAACAGAUGUCACUCUGCUAACCUGAAUGGACACUAUUACAAGAGAGGACCUUUCACUUCAAAAACAGAUGAUGGAAUUGUUUGGUAUACUUGGCAUGGAUGGUGGUAUUCACUAAAGUCUACAGUUAUGAAGAUACGACCUUCUGAAUUUGUACCAAGCACAGAAUGAGUGUUCCUACCCUUCAUGAAAUUAAUGUAAAUGUGUAUUAUUGUAUCGCAAUCUUUUCUGUGAACAAUACCUUGUUCAGUAUUCCAUUGUAUUGCACAAUUAUUCCUCUGCCAGGUUCAGAAUGAACAUUAUUUGAUCAACAGAUAAUGUCCGUUUGUGCUUUUUCAUUAGCAGCCCUUAUAUAAUGUUUGGAUUGUGUCAGAGUGAAAGUGGCUCACUACUUAUGAUUGUGGGGCUUCAAUGCAUUUUACGUUAUCCUAGCAGGAUGCAAACAGUAUACUGUUACAAUUUAACUGAAAUAUAUUUGAAGAUAAAACA